ACUCCAAUACCCACAAUCCCGUGCGCGCGUCAACAGCAACAGCUAGGAUGUUGCGAUAUCGCUGGCAGCCAAAGAUUGCUGUGGUUGCAGAGAUUAGGCUGCUGGGUUGAAACCUCUGCCUAAUGUUUUGGUAGAUGUCAAAUACCGUGCUUUGUCAUUUCCAGUCGCAGCUAGCGGACUCUGUAGCUUCCUGUCGACUCUGCGUCUGUUUGUGUUGAUGAGAGGCUUCAUCGCGCUAACGCGUUAGCUUUAGUGAAAUCAUAGUUUUAUCGCAAAUGGGAGCAAUUAAAUAGCUAGACGGGGCAGCUAUGUGCCACCAAACCGUGUGCUUCACUUGACUGAGGAUGGAAAGAUAUUUUCGGGCAACGCUAUCACACAAGUUACACGUCGGACACAUCGCUCUCGGAGACAUUAUCUUCAGAGGAUAACCUGGAUAACCUUACACGAAAUGUCAUAGCGCGUAAGUAGCUAGCACUUAGCUAGCUCGGUAAUGGCUGGACGAGAUGGAGAAGGGACCUACUGUUAUCAUCAUCAGCAGCCGACCAUGAACAGCUGGAUGGAUAGCUAAAGAAAUACUUUGUCCGGAGAUGCUUUAGCCUCCUGGGUGGUGUAAUUCACUUACAUAACAGCUAGUCGCAAACCGCUCUAGCUAUCACCAACUGGCUUCUUCUGUUGGCGAGCAAAUGGGAAAUUUGCCACCAAAAAUCUGGGUUGUCUCAACAUCAUCUUAAGUGGCAAAGGCACCACUGCGUGUUUCGAGGCUGCAAAUAGACUUGCUCGAAGCGGCCGGGGUUCGUUAGGUUUGCAGUCUGUUGCCCUGCGUUAUCUGUUGGUGCAGUAAUUCAGUGCACAGGAAACAGGGGCAGCUCGUCUCUGAUUGAAGCCGCAACAAAAAAUAAAUAAAUAAAUAAAUAAAAUACUCCUCCUGUCGUUUCGACAACAUGAGGAAGUUCUUUGAUUCUCGUCGGGAGUUGGUGAGCUCUGGGCCUGGUUCUGGAGGAGGAGGUGGCAGCUCCGGGUCCAGUCAUGCAGGCGGAAAUUUCAUUGGCAGAGCCUUCACUGUCGGGCGGCACCAAGUCACUGUUGAGGAGAUCAUUGCUGAAGGCGGUUUUGCAAUCGUGUUCCUCGUGCGAACAAAUCAAGGGGUGCGUUGUGCCCUGAAGAGGAUGUAUGUCAACAAUGAACACGAUCUGCAGGUGUGCAAAUGCGAGAUUCAGAUAAUGAAAGACCUUGUCGGUCACAAGAAUAUUGUUGGGUAUCUGGACUCCAGUAUUACAGCUAUGGGAUCAAGGGAUGUAUGGGAGGUUCUCAUACUUAUGGACUACUGCAAGGGGGGGCAGGUGGUCAAUUUGAUGAAUCAGAGGCUGCAGACUGGCUUCACCGAGGCGGAGGUGCUGCAGAUCUUCUGUGACACCUGUGAUGCUGUGUCUCGUCUGCACCAGCGCAAGACACCCAUCGUCCACAGAGACCUCAAGGUGGAGAACAUCCUCCUGCAUGACAAGGGUCAUUAUGUGCUGUGUGACUUUGGCAGCGCCACUAACAAGUUCCAGAGUCCACAGACGGAAGGAGUGGCCACCGUGGAGGAAGAGAUCAAAAAAUACACCACCUUAUCAUAUCGAGCCCCUGAGAUGGUGAACCUCUACAAUAACAAGAUUAUAACCACAAAAGCAGAUAUCUGGGCGUUGGGCUGUUUGCUGUACAAGUUGUGCUUCUUCACUCUGCCCUUUGGUGAAAGCCAGGUGGCCAUCUGUGAUGGCAGUUUCACCAUUCCAGAUAACUCCCGCUACUCUUAUGAUCUUCACUGCCUCAUUCGGUACAUGCUGGAGCCGGACCCAGACAAAAGACCAGAUAUCUACCAGGUGUCCUACUUUGCUUUUAAACUGGCUCAGCGGACCUGCCCUGUUCAGAAUGUGAAGAAUUCUCAAAUUCCUUCUAAACUUCCUGAGCCAAUCAAAGCAAGUGAGGCUGCUGCAGCAAAGAAGAGCCAGACUAAGUCCAGACUGACAGAUCCAAUUCCCACCACUGAAACCUCCAUCACCCCUCGCCAGAGGCCCAAAGCAGCACAUACCCAGCCUGCGGCUGGCAUCUUACCCAUCCAGCCUGCUGCUCUCACCCCUCGCAAGCGGGCUAAUCUCCCUGGUGGUGUAGCUCAGCCUGUGGGAGUCAGCUUAGACCUCUCUCAGCCAGCUGCAGCUCUGCAGUCACAGAAGGCACAGACUGCAGUUCUGCCGUCACAAAACAAUUCAAGUCAGGCUACGGCUCCACAGAAGCAGCCGGCGCAGCCAGCAGCAGCUACAGGGGCAGAGACUACUACAGCAGCAGUCGUGUCACCAGUGACCAAGACUGACAUUCAACCGCAAGCACAGCCAAUAGUUCAGCAACAGACCACACCUCCCUCCGUGGUCGGUGCCAACUCCCAGCAGGCGCAGACUCCAUCGAGCCCGGCCCCACCUCAACGCCCAGCUCGACGCAAGCAGGCCGCCCAGGCUCAGCAGCCAGCGGCUCAGCAGCCAGCGGCUCAGCAGCCAGCGGCUCAGCAGCCAGCGGCUCAGCCUUCACCCAACAAACCGGCCCCUGGUCAGCCGCCUGCAUCUCUUCAGCAGCAGCAGCAGAUAACUCAGCCUGCAGCUGCCCAGGCUCAGCCCGCCUCCACCGAGAUCAGCCAAAGAGCAUCUGAAACGACUCCACCUGCUUCUCCAAAGACAACUGAAGAACGGGGCCACCAGCGCAUACCGAGUGAUGCCAUAGCUAGCAUCGUUUCUAGCGUCCCAGUGAGUGACUCCUCACAGCAGCCACAAGGAGCUAAUGGAGGCACUGCCUUCAACCAAUCACUUACAUCUCAACCAAGCUCCGCCCAACCUGUUCAGCUCGGUGUUGGUGUUGGUGAUGCAGGACAGGACCAAAGCAAAGAUGGAAGCACUGCUCCUGCGACUGGCGGUGACACCAGCACCCCCACACAGCCCAUGUGGAACCCGUUUGACGAUGACAACUUCUCCAACCUCACUGCAGAUGAAUUCAAAACUGAGGACAAAAAGCCUGCUGACUUACCUUCAGAAAUUGAGUCAACAUCUGACUCGGGAGUUGAGGAGUUGAUACCAGGCCUGCAGGCCUCAACUGUGGAUAAUACACCCCAAGAAACUGUUGAACAACCAUCAGCCAGUCUUGAUUUAGGAGCUUCGCUGUUGAUCGUCCCAGAUCCUUUUCAUACCCUCGAACUCUCAGACACACCAGCGAAGCUGAUUGAAGGACUCAAAUCUCCAGACACGUCUUCACUCAUGCUUCCCGACCUCUUGUCAUUGUCUGAUCCCUUCGGUGGCUCCGUGGAAGAGUCUGCAAAAGACCCUCUCACUGCAGACGACUCUCUCCUGGGCUGCUCUCUGAUCUCUGGUCCGGCUGCCCCGCCGGCAGCAAGCAGUGCCACCUCCUCUGUCUCUUCUGCUCCCACAUCCGCUGCCUCUGCUUUGGAUGAUUUCAGCCUGUUGUCUGGAGAAUCCGCACAGCCUAAAGCAGCAGACUCAUCUCUUCUGAUCUCAGACUUUGAGCCCCAGCAAGCCACUGCAGAGGCCGGCACAGAGGACGAGUUUGAUCCUAUUCCCGUCACAGGCCGAAAGAACUCCCAAGUUUCAGGAGGCCACUCUCGCAGUAACAGUGGCGGCUCUGAAUCCAGCCUGCCCAGCUUGGCCCGCUCCCUGCUGCUGGUGGACCAGCUCAUCGACUUGUAGGCGGCCCCCCUCCCUCCCCGCAGUAGAAGCUGUAACACUGGAUUAUAGACUGGCAUAGCAUAACGGCAAUCAACACUGUUGUCAUAGCUAGCUUCCUGCACCCCCCCCCCGGCUGUCAUCUCCAUUCUAGUUCCUACAGUAGAAACAGCCUUCGCCUUUCAGUGCUUCUUCAUUACCUGCCCUCUCCGCCUUAUCGAUUGCAUUAUCUGGCUUCUCUUCACCUCUCACCUCUCACCCUCUCACUCACAUUUUCUCUUUGUUGUAGUCUCCACACGUCAUGUAUCGUCCAUUCAUUAAAGAGUGGCCAGUACACUAAUGUCAUCCUUUCUAAAGACGAACCAUCUUUCUGUCAAUCAGGAUAUAAUAUUGCUAUCCCGUUUGUUUGAAGAAUCUUGCAUUAUGUCUAAUAGCAAACAAUAGAAGAUCAUUGUUGUAAUGUACAAUAGGCAUAGUUAUAAGUGGUUGUAGUUAUUAUGGUGCACAAGUGAAUUUGUCGUUGUUUGCCUUUUUAAAUUCUCCUCCCCAGAUUUAUUUGCACAUUUUAAAGUAAAUCCAUGGAAAAGUUAAAUGAGCGUUUGUUCAAAUGAGGUCAGUUUCUUUCUUCUAUAAAAGGGAAACUUUGUCAUGUAGCCUGGUUUGCACAGUAGCAUAAAUAUUACCUCUGUCAGGGCUGUUGUAUGGAAUCUGAACUAUUAACUUUUAACUAUUAAAAGCUGCUAUAGAUUAGACUGAAAAAUGACAUCAAACAAUCUGGAAACAAAACAGCCGUAACCACGCGUCCUACAGACGCCACACUAAUGCUGUGAUGGAGGGAAGAGCAGGACACUAAAAGUUUCCCCUGAUCAGACUUAACAGUGAAGUGCCAUAAAAUAAUUUGUGAAGAAAACUGCUGACUGGUGGAGCUCUAAAAGUGUAUCGGCUAAUCUCUAAAUAUAACUACAAAACACAAUAAAAUGUCCUACCAUUCGAGGGAAACGUGUUUGCCAGACAAGCUCUACUUUUCAAAGGAAGACCCGUUGUCAUCUGCUAUUAUAUUUUAUUCCCGAAGCAAGCAAUAGGUUGUUUUGGAUUUAAUUACAAAUCGGGGGUCAUUUAACAAUGUUUAUAGCAGUGUGCCAUAUCAAUAGAAAAUGCAUGAAAUCAUGAAAAUAAUUUGAAUAUUCAACAGUAAUAGGAAAUAGUAGAACUACAGUAGCUGUUAUAUAGAGAGAGACCAUUCAGGUCAUUUUUGGCACUAAGAGGAACUAAUGUGGCAUUUUAAAAGUGAUUCUCACUCACACUUUAUUUUUAUUAUUUUAAAUAUGAACACAAACAUUCAUUCCACAAUGUGCAAUCCUUCCUACAUUCCUGUCAUUUGUUUACUCUGAUUUAUGUAAAUAGAUAUCUGCAACCCCUGCGGGCUCUUAUCCAGAUCAUAGGAUUGGUUAUUCUUCCCGUGUAUAUAUAAAGUCAUUGUCAUAAAGCUUUACUUGUGGAAGACAUAUUGCUUUACUUGUGAAAUCUCAUCUAUAUAUCUAUAUAUUAUAUAUAUGUAUAGAUAUAUAUAUGAAAGAAAAAUGACAUUGUUUUCCUGUUAAUAAAUGUUAAUAUGAAUAGAGUGUUAGAGAAUGAAUGUAAGAAAUAAAUAUUAGUCUAUAAUAAAAAAAUAUCUAUGAUUCUUAACACCAUAAUCACUGAAUAAUAUUGAAGAAUACUCUAUAUAAAUAUUUCAUUCCUCUUUGUGGAAUUGUGUGUUGAGAAAGUUUUUUUUCUUGGUUAUAUCUACUCAAUUAUUGUCAGUACAUCCAAAUGUAUAGAUGCUAACCCUGGUCUUGUUCAACCUGGAGAUUAGGCUGAAUCCCAUGUCUUAUUCCACCUCCUCCUCUUCUUCCUCUGUGAAAAGAACGUGAGCCUGUGUUAUGUUUGUUUACAUGGACUGACGAAGGAUUAUAUUUUUAUUCAAAACCGUUAGCAGUUUUCUGGAAAGUGGGAGCUUCUCCUCUUGAAUCUUAGUCCUGUUUCAUUUCAUCGCUGAACUAGAAACUCUUUUCUGAACUUGUGCUUUGUAAAGCUUUGUUUUGCUUUACCAGUUUUAGUGAUCACAGGAUUCAUAUCGAAAAGCAUGGCAGUGUUGUUGAAUGUUAUGUUCAUGUGUGUUGGUAUACAGUGUUAUGACAAGUAUGUAUGUGUGUGCGUGGAGUCAGAAUUGUUGGAUGUGUUUUUCCAGUAGCCUACUUGUGUUGUUGUUUGCUGCAAAUAUGGCGACAGUCGUCAUGUUGUCAUUAAAAUCUGAAAGCACAGCCCCUCCCCCCCACCAACCCUCUAAAUUCUCUCAGGAAGUCUGAGCUCCAUCGCUCUCUCUCUGAGAGUCGGAUAUGUAUUGGCUUACUGCUCCCCAGUCUCAGUGUCUGCCGGAAGUGUGCGCUCCAUAUUACAGUUAAGACAAUUAGUCUGAUAGGUAAUGUGUGUGUGAGGGGCUCUGUGAAGUGUGAAAUGGUUUAAUCUGCCAGUCAUACAGUGAGACCGCUGUAGCAGGUCCAGGGCUUAAAAAAAAAUCUGUUCCAAUCAGCAAUAUAAAUGUUUCUGUCGGAUCAAACUAAAGUUAUUUUUCUUCCCUCGCAUGAUCAGAGCAGGAAGACGACCUCCACCUGUUUUUUUUUGUUUAUCAUUUUGUCAGGUUAGAAAGUAAUUUCAAAUAACAUUUAAAGUGCAGAAUGUCUUGUGAGAUCUACUAGGGGAAUAAUAAUUCAGAAAUAGGUUUAAAUAAUCAGGAUUUAUUGUUUGUUUUUUUAUUAUUUAAGCAUCGUGUCAUGUGGAUAAAUGCUGACAAAGCGUACACAUUUUAAUGGGUUUACACAUGAUAGUUAGAUAUAUUCCACCUACAUACAUGUAAUAUGGACUACAAAGUGUUUGAAUGAAAGUCAAAGCAGCAGAAUAAAAUAAAUCCCUUCAAAACUGAACCUUAAAAUUAAUUAUCUGAGAACAGACGUGGAGCAGAGGUAGUGACUUAUAAUUCACAUCCUCUUUGAUGAUGAAAGGUCACGGUAAUGGGGUUAAACACAUUUGUUUCUGUACUAUCCCAGUUUGAUUCAUUAACCCCCAACAUUAGUGGGAGUAUUUUGAGUAAAGUUCUUGAUUUAAAUUUUGAAUUAUCUCUUUGAAAUAAGUUAAAACUUGAAGGAGUGUCUGGUUUCAAAGGAGCGUUCUCCUAAGUGAAUACUCUCGGUACUGCAUGUGCAACUAAAGGCUUAAGUUCGUUUUUGUUUUUAAUCAUCCUCUUUAUGACCCUUCCUCUGAACAACUCAAUCAUUUGCAGUUACUGUUUGAACCUAUGCAACUCCCGAGCUUCUUCUCCCUGUAGCCGCCAAUGUGCUGUUUUAAUCGGUAAAAGCCAAGCAGGUAGUGAGAUUAGUCGUUGAUGUGAAACAGAAGCCCCUCAUUUUCUCUGUUGUUGUUUUUUUUUUUUUGCCAAAAAUGAAAGCUGUCAAUUAUCUGAUACUAUUGAGUGUUUUUGAGACAUCUCUUGUCUUUAUGGCCCAAACCUGCGUCAGAGCUGUGGUAUUGUGUGCUCCUUCUAUUUUUGUGAGAUAAUUAAAGAAUUAUAAAGGGAUGGCAAAUAAAAUACAAAUGUGAAUGUCA